AUGAAUGAAAGGAAUGAAUUGAAGCAGUAGCUGUACCAAUGACAGUGAACAUGGAUAUAAGUAAAGAAACAAAUGAUGCCGGUUUUGCAGAACUUAAGUUGCUUGUGUCAAAUUGGUAUGACAAACACAUAUCUAUCAAUAUGCUGAAAGUAUUGUACAGGGACCAUAUAAAAGAUACUUUUGCAUUACAUGAGUCUUCUAAGACAAUACAAUUAAUUGAUAUGUUGAUUAGUUCUGGAAAUCUGAGUCCAAAUAAGCUCACUCUCCUCUAUGAUACUAUUAAGGCAACAGAGCAAUUUGGUCUGGAACAAGAAAUUCACACUCAAUUGCCAUCAUUCAAAAUUUCCAAAAGUAUCAGGGAUAGUGUAAUUACGAAAUUCACACCACAUCGGCAAAGACUAGUAAAUCUGGGAAUGGCACUCACUCCAAGUGAUGUACAAAAGAUUAGUGAACUUUAUGAUGUAAAACAUACAGAUAGCUGGAGUUUGAUUAUGGAUAUAGAACACAACAUGGUUAUUUGUGAAGAGAACAUGGACACAUUCAUUGAAAAGUUGAAGAAACUCAAACUCCACCAAGCUGUCAAAGCUCUAACAGAAGACAUUCCAAAGCCACCAUCAAACUCAGGACAAGCAAGUG